UGAACACAGACAGAUAAGCAGCCCUGCACGUCAUAUAAAACCUCUCUUCCUCUGAGCGCUGCAUUAUGAAAAUAUAUUCAAUGUGCAAGCGAAAUAUCAAAGCAUGUUGUGAUCACAGCAGUCAGCUAGAGAGUGUUAAAAGAGCCCUUCAGUUGCAAGACAAAGAAAAUAUCCCAGCUAAGAGGCAAGCGCCAAACAGGGACAAUUCCCCUAUGACUGGAACCCAGUUGAUGAGUCCCACGACAAAACCUGCAGCAGGUAAUUCCAGAGCAGGUGGGAAGAAUAUGAAUACCCCUCAAACAAAAGAGCCCAUGACAGAUGCUGAGAGAAUUCUGUUCCUAGGUUCUAAAGUAAAAAAAUCAUUCAAGGACCUUAUGCAAUACAGGCAACAGCUGGAAGCAUUAGUGCCAGUAGAGGGCAGUGGUGAGCUGAGGAGUCUUCUGCUGAUGAGUCCUGCUGAUCUACAAACUGAACUCAAGAGACAUGAGAAUCUGUCUGCUAAAAUUGCAUCUUGUGCACAUAGAGAAGACACAAACAAGGGCCAUUUCCAAGGGUUGAAACAGACUGGGAGCUCUUAUGAAUUUCUGAAGGCAAUCUUAAGCCGCUGAGGGAUCAUUUCUCGAUGUAUGACAUGGGCGGCAGCUGGUGCCUGCUCAAAGUGGAUCACGUAACUCUCUCUAUCACUUCUAGAAGCUGUCUGAACAACAAAAGCUUAAACUGACCAAACAAAACACACACACUUGUCACACAUUUUGCAUUGCUACAGUUGAGCAGAACAAGUCCAACAUUUCAGAAUUCAGCAAUUUGGUUUGUUCGCUAUGGUUUAAGCUUCAGAAGAGUUACAAGAUAUGUAACUAAUACGUCAUGACCUGACAGCAAGAUAUGGUUAAUAUUAGCACCAUCCAUUAAAAUUGUAUCAUGCACUCCA